GUAAUUUUGCAAACGCUCAGGUUUUUUUCGUGGCGAGGUCGCCUAGGCACGCUUCAUUAAUUUUAAUCAUUUGCUCUUUUCGAAUAUAACGCGGAUGGAUUGUAGUGGGCAGUCAUCGACUCUGUCUCAUAACCAUGAAAUAAUUUUGUCAUCAAAAACAAAAACGUCAAGGCAGUCAUGUAGAUUUAAUUAAUUGAUUUGCCUCCCUCGACGACGAGAAAGAGAAAAACCCAUGCCAAUGAAUUCGCUCGAAUACUCAGAGAGAAUAGCCAUUUCUUAUGAAAAGAUAUUGGAUUGAUCUACCAGUCAUACGUUAGACACUGGAUAAACGGAUAUGCUCGUUUAGAUGGUAAUCACAUGUUCCAAGAUAAUUGUCGAAAUAAUAGACCAAUAAUCAAUAGUGUUAACGAUAUUAAGAAACACGGUACAGCAAUAAUGGCAAUACCAAGUAGAGCAAGGGUUUAUUCAGAAGUUAAUUCACUUAAACCGAGAGAGUAUUGGGAUUACGAGGCUUACGUAGUUGACUGGGGACAACAAGACGAUUAUCAAUUAGUGAGAAAAUUGGGAAGAGGAAAGUACAGUGAAGUAUUUGAAGCUAUUAAUGUGACAAAUAAUGAAAAGUGUGUUGUUAAAAUACUGAAGCCAGUAAAGAAGAAGAAAAUCAAAAGGGAGAUUAAGAUUCUGGAGAACCUCAGGGGUGGCACCAAUAUCAUUACCCUUCAGGCUGUUGUCAAAGAUCCAGUCUCACGAACACCAGCCCUAAUAUUCGAACACGUCAACAAUACAGACUUUAAACAACUCUAUCAGACAUUAACAGAUUACGAUAUUAGAUAUUAUCUCUAUGAGUUAUUAAAAGCAUUGGACUACUGCCACAGCAUGGGAAUUAUGCACAGAGAUGUUAAGCCGCACAAUGUCAUGAUUGAUCAUGAGAAUCGUAAGCUUCGUUUAAUCGACUGGGGAUUAGCUGAAUUUUAUCAUCCAGGACAGGAAUACAAUGUUCGUGUUGCAUCACGGUAUUUCAAGGGGCCUGAGCUACUUGUUGAUUAUCAGAUGUACGAUUACUCACUAGACAUGUGGUCACUCGGCUGCAUGCUGGCCAGCAUGAUAUUUAGGAAAGAACCAUUCUUUCAUGGCCACGAUAAUUACGAUCAAUUGGUGAGAAUUGCUAAAGUAUUGGGGACAGAGGAGCUCUUUGAAUAUCUCGACAGGUAUCACAUUGAGCUUGAUCCAAGAUUCAAUGACAUACUUGGACGUCAUUCACGCAAACGCUGGGAGCGUUUUGUUCACUCAGAGAAUCAGCACCUCGUAUCACCAGAGAGCCUUGAUUUUCUUGACAAGCUACUGCGCUACGACCACCAUGAAAGACUAACAGCACGAGAAGCAAUGGAUCACCCUUACUUUUACCCCAUAGUGAAAGAACAGGGUCGAUUAAAUAUGGCUCAUGGUUCGUCUUCACCUACUCCCCUGGCAGUCUCAAUGCCUGUAGGUGAAUAAUGUCUCAGGUGUAUAGCGAGACACUGAACUCGUUGCCAGCUCCUGUAUCGGCUGAGCAGGAAAAUACAAGUGGAGUAGCCUGCGGCAUGGGCCUCUUAGAUGAGUUUUAUUCGAUUCAGCCGAUACCGCAACUCUCAAAAGUUCAAC